AUGCCAGGCCGGCAAGCCCACGGGCGCCCAUUGACUUCGGCGCCCAAGUCAAAAGCGACGAAGAAAUCCAAGAACAGGUCUCAGAAGAACGCACUCAAUGCCUUCGGAAUCGCACAAGAGCACUUCCCGCAGAAAAUCAAGAAGACGCCGCGAUACAGGCAACUGGAGCUUGAAGUGGAGAGGAAGCACAGCAGGGACGAAGAAGAUGAAGAGGACGACGAGGACGACGAGGACAUGCCUCAGAGGAAGAAGAUCAAAGCCCCUCGCCCCGUCAGCGGCGAUGCAGAGCACGGGAGCGACAGCGAGGGCAACGAAUGGACGCUUGGUGGCUUGGCCGAAGACGACGAUGACUCUGAAAUCGAAAGUGACGACGCCUUUGGCGAUAGCGACCAUGAAAAAUUCCAGGGCUAUUCCUUCGGGGGGAGCAAGUCUACAAAGUCCAAGGGAGGCCAUGGUAAUGACGACGAUGACGAAUCUGAGGAUGAUUCGAACGAUGACGAAGGUCAGACACUAGGAGAAGAAGCCAUUGACCUCGCCACAGCUCUGGAUCAGUGGGAAGAGGACACAGAAGAGGAGCAGAAGGAUGGUUCCAAGUCGGAUUCUGAUGAAGCAUCCGGCUCUGAAACCUCAGAAGGAUCAGAAGAGGAGGAGGACAGUGACGAGGAAGACUCCGCCGAGGAAGGCGAUGAGGAGGCCGACCCGGAACAGCUUCGAGCGCUGCGCGGUCUCGUUUCUGGCUUCGGCGGGGAGGAAGACGAUGACGAGGACAAGGCCCCGGUCAAGCAAAAAAUCAACCUUGGCGAUCUAGGCCUCGGCGGCAUCGACGACCCCUUCAUGAAGCAGUCAGUGAAGCUCAUGAAGAAGGAGUCCAAGGAGAAGAAGCCCGGCGCCACCAAGAAGCUCGAUGUGCCCCUGUCGAGGAGGGAACAGGGCCGCCUGGACCGAACCGUCGCGUACGAGAAGACGAACGAAACCCUCGAUCGUUGGACAGAAACCGUGAAGCAAAACAGACGGGCUGAGCAUCUCGUCUUCCCCCUGCCGGAAAACUCGGCAAAGGCCGGCCUAGACCUGACCGAGAUGCAGCCUCUCACGGCCAGCAACACUCAGAAUGAGCUGGAAAGCGCCAUAUUCGGAAUCAUGGACCAGAGUGGACUCUCGAUGGAGAAGCCAAAGAAGGAGAAGGAGAGGGAGUACGACGACGAGGGAAAUGAGCUGUCGCGCAAGGAGAUUCUCAACAGAAAGCGAAUCGAGCGAGAGCUUCAGUCCAGAGAGGCCAAGCGGGCAGCCCGCAUCAAGAAGAUCAAGAGCAAGGCGUAUCACAGGGUACAUCGAAAGCAGCGAGAGCGUGAUGAGAUGGCCGCUCAGGAAGCCAUGGCGGAGGCUGGCGAGAUCGAUUCCGAGGAGGAGCGCGAGGCGCAAGACAGGCGCCGAGCACUUGAGCGAGUCGGACUACGGCACAAGGAUAGCAAGUGGGCCAAGAUGGGGUCCAGAGUCAAGAGGGCAGUCUGGGACGACGAUUUCCGAACUGGGUUAACGGAAAUGGCCCGCAAGGACGAAGAGCUACGGCGGAGAGUGGAAGGACGGUCCGCUGUGUCGGAUGAUGAUGAGACCUCCAGCUCAGGCAGCGACUCUGAAGACGGCGGGCAUGGUUCUCUAAGACGCCAGCUCGCUGCUCUGGAAGAAGAGGACGACGAGCCCCAGUCAAAGCUGAUGAGUAUGAAGUUCAUGCAAAAGGCAGAGGCGGCGCGAAAGCAGGAGAACGACGACCUCAUAAAACAAAUACGGAGAGAGCUCGACGGGGAGGAAGCGGAGGAGUCAGCAGACGAUGGCGGUGACGAGGUCGGUCGCAAGCAGUAUGGAGGAGCCGGAGGCAAGGUUUUCGCCGCUGCCCUGGAUACCUCCAAGAUGUCCGCGAAGAAGCCACGAAAGGUCGAAGAGGACGACGACGACGAGGUCACGAUUAAACUCUCAUCCAAUGGAAACGUCUCGAAAGCCGCGCCGGCAGCUGCGACAUCGACAGCCAACACGACGGCCGGAGCGUGGUCAAGCGGCGAAGUACGGCGGAAGAAGAAGGGCGGCAGCUCCGCCAAGAUGGAGGACUUUGAUCUCAACGCCAACAUCAUGAUCGCCUCAAAUGGCAACAAAUCCAAAGCCGUCAAGAAAUCCUCAACGCCACAGCGACAGAACGGGGUCGGCCACGACAGCGACGAUGAUUCCGACGACGCCGAUCAACACCUCCCUCUCGCCAUCCGCGAUCAGCAACUAGUCGCCCGAGCCUUUGCCGGGGAGGAUGUGGUAGGCGAAUUCGAGCGCGAGAAGGAGGAAGUCGCCGAGCAGGACGACGACAAGGUCAUCGACAACACCCUCCCCGGCUGGGGCUCGUGGGUCGGCGACGGCGUCAGCAACCGCGAGAAGAAGCGCCACCAGGGCCGAUUCCUCACCAAGGUGGAGGGCAUCAAGAAGAAUGACCGAAAGGACGCCAAGCUGGACAAGGUCAUCAUAAACGAGAAGCGUAUCAAAAAGAAUGACCGCUACCUCGCCUCACAGCUACCGCACCCCUUCGAAUCAAGACAGCAGUACGAGAGGUCUCUGCAACAACCUGUCGGCCCAGAAUGGCAGACCAAGGAGACCUUCCAGGACAGCACAAAGCCAAGAGUGAUUAUGAAGCAGGGCAUCAUUGCCCCAAUGUCAAAACCCAGAGCCUAG